UUCACAAGACCCAGGUCAGCUUUGGUUAUAUUUUUCCCAAUCGGUCAACAAUUGCCGUAUCUUUUGUUAUUGGAAAGAGAGAAAUAUGUACAAUUCCAGUGAAGUCGUUCACCAUUCUCUACAAAAAUGGAAUACAAAGAGAAGACGUUUUUAAUGAGUAUCUGAGAUCUAUUUGGAGAAGUUUUUGGAGCAUAAAUAAGCGCGAGAUAUUACCUGAUGCAAAGUUCUUAAAUGAAAUUGACGCUGUACAACUGAAGCCACCUCUCUUCAAAAUGACGGGCACUGCUCAAAGAAAUGAAGCUUCGGCAGCAAUCAUCCAUUUUAAGGAAAGUGUCGCGGAUUGCUUAUAAACUUGGUGAAUAUGUGAGCAGCAACAUCGCAAUCGCACAGCCCCACCUGGGAGACGGGCGGACGUCCUUCACGAGUAAUAAUUAUAAGAAAAUCGCUUUUGUUUAUUUUGGUGCCUGACUGCACACUCAGGGGUGAGAAUUGCUGUCCAGCCUUCUGAGUGCUGAAACAAUUUCGAGCCUCAAUAAAAGGAAGAAGGGGGAAACAAGUACCAAAUAGAUUUUAUGAAAGCUCGGAUAGUGGUUUUGACCGGAUUUAGACAUUUAUGGUGAACUGGACUCACAAAAGCUACAAUAGGCUCUGGACCGAAAAAACAAUAUGACGGUAUGACUAAUUAUUUGCUAUCCCAUUCUUCGUAAGUUUGGGUAACACGAGGGGUGCUGCCGUUUGAAAAUUGAUAACAACCAAAUAUUGUGUACUGUUAUCGACAGCACAGUGUGUAGAUAUAAAUUUAAAUGAUGACAACUCAUCACUUCUCGUGUCGUGUAAGGUGUAGUUAUUGGACUUUGUCGAAAUAUACCCAUUUGAUUUACUGACAGAACAAGAACCUUUUUAGCCACAACAAUGGGACAGUAAGAGUCUGGACACAAAAGGUGGCUGUUUAUGUAGUCUGUGCUUCGCGUGUGGAGGUGAACAGUUUUGUUUUCCUGAGACAUGGCAGCGGCGAUUGCCAGCGGUUUGAUCCGGCAAAAGAGACAGGCUCGAGAGCAGCACAUAGACCGGCCCUCAACCCACAGAAGGAGAAAAAGCCCCAGCAAGAACAAGGGACUCUGCAACGGGAACCUGGUCGAUAUCUUCUCCAAAGUGAGAAUCUUCGGCCUCAGGAAGAGAAGACUACGGAGACAAGAUCCCCAGCUCAAGGGUAUAGUGACCAGGUUAUAUUGCAGGCAGGGAUACUACUUGCAAAUGAACCCAGAUGGAUCUCUCGAUGGAACCAAGGAUGACAGCAGUAAUUCUUCUUUGUUCAACCUCAUCCCUGUGGGUCUUCGAGUCGUUGCUAUUCAGUCCGUGAAGACGGGGUUGUACAUCGCCAUGAAUGGAGAGGGCCAUCUGUACACAUCAGAACUCUUUACGGCAGAAUGCAAGUUCAAAGAGUCGGUGUUUGAAAACUACUAUGUGAUCUACUCGUCCAUGUUGUACAGACAACAAGAGUCUGGUAGAGCUUGGUUCCUGGGCCUCAAUAAAGAGGGCCAAGCCAUGAAGGGGAAUCGAGUAAAGAAGACAAAACCAGCUGCUCACUUCCUGCCCAAGCCAUUAGAAGUUGCCAUGUACAGAGAGCCAUCGUUGCAUGAUGUCGGAGAAAAUGUUCCAAAGGCCGGAGUACCUCCCAGUAAAAGCACAAGCGAGCCGGCGGUGAUGAAUGGCGGGAAACCAGUCAGCAAGACCACCAAGACCACAUAGCCAGGCCUGCAGAGCCGCGCUGACACUGGAGACGCUUCUCUCGGCCCAGACUCAAACCCUCCCUCUCUCGUCUGUGGAUCAGGUUUCAGGCAACUCUCUCUGUCUCCUACCCUGCCCCCCUCCCCAACUACCGCCUUUUUUUUUCUGUCAACCAUGUCGUCGCGAGUGGAUCAACCUGAAAGUGUGGCCCACCAAAACUACCACAAGGAAGAGAUGACUGGACAGCCAGCUGGACUCUGACCAUGGAAUGCCCUAUCAGAUAUGGAAUGCCUUUUAAAUAUUUUCUGUAACUGAGACAAUCCAUGAGAAUGAUGUAUUUCACAGCCACACGUGGUACCUUGCCUGCUGAUGGUUACCCAUAAUUCUCUGUUUUGAGCCCUGUUGCAGCAGAGUCCAUGUAAUCCAGAUCUAUUUUCUAUACCAACAGUACACCAGCUAAGUUCUGGGUUGAUGCUGUACAGAUAUACUAAAGUGGACUGUCAUCCUCUAUUUUUUACGAGUAUGUUCCCUUCCUCUUUCUCUUUCUAUCUCUCUGCUCACUCUUUGUCAAAUACUUAAGACAUUUUUGCAGGGGCUGUUAGUGAUUUUCUAAUACAAAUGCACACACACAAACACAGACACACACUGAUACAUUACUAGAAAAUACCAUGUUGCAGGGGGGCUUGGUUCCAGGGAAGUGUUCAGGAAGACUGGUGGGAGGGGGUCAUACAGACAGAGCAUGUCAGUGAAGGGAACUGAAUUGCCGUCUUAGGCUGAGUGCGAGGUUUUUAUUUCUUGAUAAAAACACGCUGAAGGCUGGCAAACUGCUCCUGAGAUUGGCGCUAACGACGCAAUGAUUAUGCCCACAGCAAUCAGCGCGAGGAAGCUCUUGAUGAGAGCAAAGCUCUCUGCAAGGGCUGUAUACAUAUCACAGUCUGAUUUCAUCGGCGGUGACGUUAGCUUCGCCCCGUAAAUAGGAGCCUGAAUUCUAUUUUUCUUUAUUCUUACUUUAGAGCGUGGGCUCUAGGAAUAUGUAUAGGCCUUGUAGGCCUGCGGUCCAGGCCCAGCCCUCACACACUGACUCGUCUGAACAGCGGGCUACGCGUGCGGUGAGCGAGCACGUCGUCGCAGCCAUUCUCAAAAACUUCUACUUUAGCCGGCGCGGAAAAAAAAAAAAAAACGGCUGAAUGUAAGUAGAUGCCAUUACUGUUGGCUGCAGCCCCAUUCUGUUCAGCAAAAGCAUGGGCAAAGUUAGUGUUGUGUUCCUCUCUUGCAGCUGCAAUGCAAGAGAAAACGCUUAUAUUAUAAUGUUUUCACUGUACAAAACAAAAAGAGAAACCUUUUUAAACGGCUAGACAUUAUGAGAUAUAUUGAGAGGAUUUUUUUUUUCCCUAGCUCAGCAUGCAGAGUCCAGCUCAUUUUGUCUUUAUCUCGUGCCUGCGGAGACCUCUAACCCAGCGUGCAAAAACAUGUACCCAGUCACUGCUGGGUUAAAGGUGCCUCAUCAUACGCUGCAUCCAGUAGACAUCUCAUAGUACAUUAAUUUUGCAAAGAUUACAUUGCAAUUUUCAGGCGGCUAACAGAAAUUGAUCCACAAAUUUCCAUUAAAACAAUCAUGUCAAUGCUCAACUCCAACAAACAUCAAAGAUACCAAUAGUAAAGUCAACGAAAGAGCAAUUUCGCAAGAGAAUAUUAAUAGUAAUAUGGUUUUGCAGUCUCACAAAAAAGAAAAUC